AUGCACGUUUAGAAAAAGAAAAAAUAUGUGAAUAUAAAAGACAAACUGGAAAUAUUGAGAGACCAGUUAACAAUUUUAUGCAACUUGAAAUUCACGAUGAUAAAGAGAAAAUAUUUUUAAAAGCAAUGGAUCAUCUUAAUAGUGGAACUCUGGAUAGUAAUGACAGUCCAUUCAAUCCAUUAGAAUCUUCAACAAUGUACUACAAUUGGUGUUUAAAAAAGUUUGGUGAAAAUGCUAAAAUUACUGAAAGAUGUUUUGAAGUUAUCUUUAAAACCAGAAUAAGCAUAGACAACUAUUAUAAACAAAAUCAAGCUCAAGCUGGAUUAAUGAAAGAUAAAUUUAAAAAUGAAUGUGAAAUUUUUAAAGUUUAUUGUAAUGCCAGAAAUUUUUUUAAACCUUCACAUCUGAAGACUAUUUAUCAAGCGACACAUGAUGAUAUACUUAAAACAUUAUUUGAAUAUUAUCUAGCAAUUUUAUUUGAUAUUCCAACUUUAUUUACAUUGCCGCCUACCGAUAACUUGGACGCUAAUGCUAAAACUCCGGCUUAUACAAUCGAAAAAAAUAAGAUUUAUCAAUAUGAAAACGAAUCAUUAUUUGAUAACAGAGCAGAGAAAAUUGCAGCAUAUAAAGUUGAAUGGACUAAUGAAUUAGGUGAAUUAUAUAAUAAAAUUUUUGACCAAGGUAUUCUUAUAGGAACAAAUGAGUUUAGAGAAUAUUUAAAAAGAUUCUGGGAAGAGUAUAAUAAAAAGAGUUUAAAGAACUAA